AUGUCUUGGUUUAACAGUGAACCUACAAACACUAGAAUGGCAAUGUUUGGAUCAAUUGAUGAAGAAAUCUCAAAUGAUAUUCCAAGAUAUAAUUCAAAUCCAUUUAUUUCUGAUGAAGAUGUAUUAAGUACUAAAGCACAUAAAACAAAAUCAAAGUUAAUUAAAUUUUUUAAAUCAAUUGGUAAAUUAUUUCAAUUAAAACGUAAAAAAAAAUAUCAAAAGUUGCUAAAACAAGUAGACACUAAUUUAAAUUUACCACCAAAUUAUGAAUCAAUUGUUCCUGCUCGUCAUGUUACUACUAACUUAUCAUUACCAAAUAAUCAUUUUUUUUGUUUCUCAAGAAAAUUAAAAUGUAAAAAAAAUUUAAUUCUUAUUCCAACAAAUUCAAUUGAAUCUUCAAUCAAUUCAUUAUUUGAUAUUUUAGAUCAAAAUGGUACUGGUGCUACAACUGCUGAUUCUGCUAUACCAGUUUAA